AUGGCCUCAGAUUUGGAGGUGCUGAUCCUCAUCUCAGCCGCUUCACACUUGGCUGCAAACCACCCCAGUGCACUCAAGUUCCUGGAUGAUGAGGCCAACAGGACAACAUUACCUGAAAACAGCAGAGAUGAGAUCCUGUGCUUCCCAAACCGCAAGCCCUCCGCAAAGAAGACAUGUGCAACCACAGACUUUGCCUGUAAGAAUGGACAGUGCCUGCCUGCAAGGUGGCGGUGCGAUGGAGAAUCAGAGUGUGCAGACGGAUCAGAUGAGGCCGAUGAAAUCUGCAGCCGACAGACUUGUCCACCAGAUAAGUUUGAUUGUGGAGGAGUUGCCAGCAAAUGUGUUUCGUUAUCAUGGCGAUGUGACGGAGAGAGGGACUGUGAAAACGGGGCAGAUGAGGAGGAGUGUGCUGCAGAUGAAAAGGCCUGCCCCUCCAAAGAUUUCAAGUGCCGUAACGGAAAGUGCGUGGCCCCCAUUUUUGUCUGUGAUGGUGAUGAUGAUUGUGGGGAUGCCAGUGAUGAGGAGAAGUGCUCAACUCCCAGCUGCGGUCAACACGAGUUUCGUUGUAAUGACUCUGAAUGCAUCCCUGCCCUGUGGAGCUGUGACGGUGAUCCAGACUGUAAAGACAAAUCGGACGAAUCCAUGGAGCGCUGCAGCCGCAGGACGGAGCCUCAGAAACCUCGAUGUCCAGUUGGGGAGUUUCAGUGCGGCAGUGGAGAGUGUGUACACAUGCAUUGGAUGUGUGACGGAGAUGCAGACUGCAAAGAUAAAUCAGAUGAAGCAAACUGUCCCCUCCUAACAUGUCGACCUGAUGAGUUCCAGUGUGGUGACGGCUCCUGCAUUCAUGGCACCAAACAAUGCAAUAAAGUCCAUGAUUGCCCAGACUACAGCGACGAGGCUGGCUGUGUAAACGUUACAAGGUGUGACGGGCCAAAAAAGUUCCGCUGUAAGAAUGGGGAAUGCAUUGACAGCAGCAAGGUCUGUGAUAACGUUAAGGACUGCAAAGACUGGUCUGAUGAACCAGUGAAGGAGUGUGGCCUCAAUGAGUGUGCUGACAACAAUGGCGGCUGCUCCCACAUCUGCAGGGACCGAAGAAUUGGUUAUGACUGUGACUGCCCCUCUGGAUACAAGCUCCUGGACAAAAAGACUUGUGGAGACAUAGAUGAGUGUGAGAACCCAGAUGCCUGCAGUCAGAUCUGCAUUAACUACAAAGGAGAUUAUAAAUGUGAGUGCUAUGAAGGCUAUGAGAUGGACCCUGCGUCAAAGACUUGCAAAGCUGUGGGAAAGAGUCCCUACCUGAUGUUUACAAAUCGCCAUGAAAUCCGUCGCAUCGACCUGCUGAAGAGUGAAUAUACACAGGUCGUUCCCACCCUGAAGAAUGCUGUGGCCCUGGAUGUUGAUGUGUCAACUAACAAGAUGUUCUGGUGUGAUCUGUUUCACCGCAAAAUAUACAGUGCAUACAUCAACAAGGCCAGUGACUCUUCACAGCAGGUAACGUUGGUGGACUCUCUCCACUCUCCAGAGGGCCUGGCUGUGGAUUGGGUCCACAAAAACAUCUAUUGGACAGACUCGGGCAACAAGACCAUCUCUGUUGCAACGGGAGAUGGCAGGAAGAGGAAAGUGCUUAUAGCCACUGAGCUCAGUGAGCCAAGGGCCAUAGUAGUGGAUCCACACCAUGGUUUUAUGUACUGGUCAGACUGGGGAGAUCAAGCCAAAAUAGAGAAGGCUGGAAUGAAUGGAGUUGAUCGACAAAUUCUGGUGUCUGACCACAUUGAGUGGCCCAAUGGAAUCACUCUAGAUUUGUCCAACAGACGUCUCUACUGGGUGGACUCCAAGCUACACCUACUGUCAAGUGUGGAUCUGAAUGGAGACAACCGCAAAGUGCUGCUAUCCUCCCAUCACCACCUUGGGCACCCAUUCGCCCUCACUGUGUUUGAGGAUCGAAUAUACUGGACAGACUUAGAGGAUGAAGCCAUUUACAGCGCCAACCGGCUGACGGGACACGAUGUGACAAAGGUAGCAGAGGAUCUUAACAAUCCGCUGGACCUUGUUGUCUUCCAUGAGCAGAGGCAGCCCAAAGCCCCUGACACCUGCAAUAUGGGAACUUUACCAAACGGGGGCUGUGAGUAUCUCUGUUUAAAGGCUCCUCAGAUCACAGACCACUCUCCAAAGUACACCUGCGCCUGUCCCGAUGGUAUGGAGCUCGGUCCAGACAUGAGACGCUGUGUUGUAGUUCGAAUCAGGACAACCACCACUGCUGCCCCAACCACCACCACAACAACUACAACAACAACAACCACUACCACCCCAGCUACCAGCACCACCACCACAACUCCCACAACCAUUGAAACUUCCACCUCUGCUGCCCCCCCACCAAGGUCCACAGUCAGGCAUUACAUGACAGCAACAACUUCUCAGACCCCCAGUAACAGCAGGAGUACAGAGCCAUCCGUGACACAAGCUGCCACAAGCACAGAAACAACCAGUUUGAGCAGCAACAUUCAGACGUCCCCACACACACCCUUACUAGGACCAGUGGCCCCAGACAGCAUUCAAAGAGAGACCAAUGCUAACCUUUCCCACAGAGCUGCAAGUGAUCACUACCUCAUAGGGAACAACAUCACAGUUGCUGUUUUGGGAAUAGUCAUUCCGAUUGUCCCUAUCCUUGCCACAGUGGUCAUCGGAUUGAUCUGCACCGGCGGCUACCUGAUAUGGCGCAACUGGCGACGCAAAAACACCAAGAGCAUGAACUUCGACAACCCCGUGUACCGCAAAACAACAGAGGACGAUGACGACGAAAUCCACAUUGGGCGGCAAAGCGAUUCCAUUGGCCACGUCUACCCGCCACGUGUGGCACUCAGUGUGGAGGACGAUGGCUAUCCCUAAUGAGGGGGGAUGCAGCCUGCUUACCAACACACACCCCCCUCAGUGCCCUCCUGUUCCUUCUCUGAGCACAGCCUCCGCACCACUACAAUGAGGCCAGUACAACGCAGAGGAGAAUAAAAUGGAGUCACCAUUUUGCCUCCUCCUUUACAAGUAGCAGGGAUGACCUAUGCAUUUCUUCUCCUCCCUACUCGCUAUCACUAGCUAACACUACAUUCAUUAGUGUCAGCUUUGUUGCCUCUGCUUCACUCCUCUUUUCCCUCUUCUGAUGCUUCCUAACAGUAGUGGUGUAAAGAAAUGCUGCUAGAUGAUAUUUCUCCCCACUAACCUGACUUGAAAAUUGUACAGUAAGAAGGCUAAUGUUGGCCACUACAGAAGUAUAUGGGGGGCGCUCAUGUUUUGAUUGUUUUCAUUUAUUUAUACCUUUUAAAUAUGUAACCAGCAUCUGUCGUUGCGUAGUCGUAAAUGCAAUUUGAUUGAUCAAGUUUAAAGACGUACUGUAAAAGGCAAGGAUGUUGCAUUUGCUCUGGUUGGCUUAACAUUAGCAAUAGCAUAGCUUAUUUGUUUGAAGGGAGGAUGCCAUCUAUUAUUUGCUACUGACAUGUGGUAAUGCUAAAUAUAGUCAAGUGGAUAGUAAAGAGAAAAAAGGUUGGAGCUGCUCAGAUAUUUGGCAGUGACUUUUAGGUGAAAGAGUGGCAAGGUUAAUUUAUUUCACUAUUAUUUGUCAAGGAAUGACCUGAUUGGUGCUUGCAGACUGUUGUACUUCAAAAUAAAAAGCAGGAGGACAGAAAAGGCAAUGAAUUGUGGGUAACCCAUCUCUUUGUAUGGGAGGUAUGCACAGAGUCAAUAACGAGCUUAGUCAGUUUGAUUAAAAGUGAUAGGUUAGGGUUUACGAAUCUCUUGGUUCAUUGUUUUUUUUUUUAUGUGAUGGCAAAUUUUUCCACCUCCUGUGACUGUUUUAGAUAUACGUAUGGAGCUGCUACUCUAAAGGAUUUAUGCACGAGACAUUAUUAAUAUUUUAGGAUUUUAAAAGACUGUAAUUAUUUUCUAUAUUUUCAUUUCAGAGUGCCAUAACUGUAGGAGCAUUAUAAUUUGAUCUGUUUUAAGGUUAGUAUUUCUUUGUCUUUUGGUAUUUGUCUUCCAAUUAGCUCCCAAUCGAUUGCUUUUUUUACCUUUAUUUAACUUGGUUCAAACAAUGCAAUAUACCAGUUAAAGCUUGGCUAUAUUGAGCCUCUCCCUGUGACCAGACGACCCUGGUUUCCUCGGUGUAGCUGCCGCACCUUCAUGUCGAUGCAGGUAGAUGAGAUGAUGCAGAAAAAAAAAAUCCCAAAUAUAAACAGCAUCACUCACUGCUCUCAUUGAAUGUUCACUAUGGUUCUGUGAGCAGAUCAGUAAAAUAUCAGGCUCUGCUGAUUCUGGCACACUGAUUUGAUUUUAGAGAUGAGUGGAGAAGGAAUGUAAGAGCCAUCGUAAAGAGGUUAUCUUCCAUUUGCCUGCCUCAGAUGCACUUCCAGCCCAUUGAAUCAGACAGUUUAUGCCCCCUGAAAACAGUUGUAAUUGUUCAUUUUAUGUUCCAGUUGUAAAUAACCAUAGGAGAUUAUUAAAUGGCAAUUUGGCACUUACAAGAAUCAGCUUGUUUAUAUGGGACAUCAUUCAUUUUUUUUUACUAUCUAACCAUUAAAGAUUUCUCUACCAUAUUUAUUGUUAAUACAAUCUAACCUUUUUGUUUUAGAUAUGUAGGACCAGAAUGUCUUUCCCUGUUAACCUGCAAAAAAAUUACUCUCAGUCUUCCUUUGCUUACUUACAAUAUUUUGGAUAUAGUUCGAUUUUUAGAUGUAAUGCAAACAGUUUAUAUUCAGGGAUUUAAAUAAUUUUGUUUCUCUUUUUUUGUAGAGCUGUUUGAGUUUUAAGUCACUGAUAAUCCCGGCUGAGGGUGACAUGAAAACAAACUACAUGGAGAUGCUUUCUUUAAAUCUUAAUAGGUGCUGUAGUUACCUGAAUUUCUAGCAGUGCUGCUUUGUGUUUUUCCAACACUAACUUCCUUAGAAUGGCUAUGCAUAUUCCUGUCCAGUUAUAGACAUGCUUCUGGUUGAAGUUCGAGCUGCUCUUUUUGACAGAACUUUUUGAAUUUAUUUGAAUUGGUUGGCUUCCUCACGCAGACUUAACUUCCAUGCUUCCUUUACAUGUUUUCAGCAUUAUUAGGGCUUUCAGACCCAUUUCAGGCAUCAAAAGUUAGCAGGUCUUAUCCAUUUCAAAAUCAACUAUAUGUAAUAUUGUACCAACUAUCAUGCAUGGUGGUGAUUUCAUGUUGCUGAGUCUAUUGCUAGUACUGGUGCAGAAUGGUCAAAACUUAAAAUCUGGGUGUUCUGGUGUGGCAAUGAUCUCAAAUAAAUACAGAUAUACCAAAUAUACCAGUAUAUCUUCAGGGGCCAUUUAUUAUGGGUUCUGCCAAGAAGAGCAACUCAAUUCAAUGCAGAACUGUUAUUACCGAUGCUACAAAAGGUUGUGGUCAUCUAUGAUUGAUUCAAGGACAUUUCUAACAAGAACUGUAAACUAAAAGGAAUGUAGAGUUAGAAUUAGUACAUGCUCCUAUUCUAGUGCUAAAAGGAGAACAGUGACUGCAAGAAGGCAUGAGCCACAGGUGAGAAAUCCUUGUCAUUUUUAAUACUGAAUCAGUUUCAGACUCUGUUGACUGCACCCUAAGCUGAGUCAGCUCUGAGUCUAGCUCCUUCCUUUUUUCGCCUUUGUUCGCCUCAGGAAUAAUGAAGUUCCAUGCUGAGAAGUUGCAGUUAUGAGGUUAAAUUGCUUAUUUAUUUAGCUGCCUGAGCGUGACAUUGUGGGAAAGUUAUUAUUGCUACAGUGUAAAAGACAGAUUGACCGCUCUACUUUGUGGUCACCUCCAGUCGAGCCAAUUGCACUGAAGGACGCAGUGAAAUACCAGACUCCUGCCUUCGCUGUUCAUAUUAUCAGAGGGGGGAGAAAGGGAAAGAUGACCUUGUGCCACAAAGCCAUACCAUAUAUACAAACAGGGACCAUCAAGAAAAUUUGGUGCUUAAAUGGCAGCAUUAUUUCUAAUUUCGCUGUUAGUUCACCCAUAAAGAGCAGCCUAUGGUUAUAACAUUUCAUUCUGGCUUGUGCCUUUGCGCUUUCGGAGGUCAUUUAGUUGCUGUAAACCAGGUACUGUGUUGUGUGACUUCUUUAGUUUGGGUUAGUAGUUUUUGUGUGUAACGUUCUGCGUUUUUUAGUGUAACCACACCUUUCAUCUGCUUUGAGAACCUGAAAUAUGCAGUUUAAGUAGCUGUUUGGUGUAACUCCGGUUGAUUUGGAUCCUUUCUGCUAAAAUGUGAAAAACAUCUCAUAAUUCACUCAAGAAAUUAAUAUUUCUACUGUUGAAGCAGGUGAAACAGCAAAUUCAUAUUUGCUGCUGCAGAUAGUUUCUAGAUGACAGGGUAUCCAAAAAUAAAAGCAAGGUUAUGAAUCAAUAUUGAAUACAUUCUUGGAAAAAAAUAGUAUUAAAUUUUAAUUUCAUCUUGUGAAUUUGUAUUUAAUAAUUUAAUAAUUUAUCUAUUUAACAACUUGUAAUGCAUAUGCCUUCCCUUUUUUUUUCAGCUACAAUUCCACCGAAUUGAUUUAGUCUGUUAUUAGCUAAUCACACUAACUACUAACUACCCUGAUGACUAAUAUUAAGUUUUGCACAGAGUCUAUAAACUUAUCUUAACAUGUUCUCCUUUCUUAAAAUUUCUAAGGUAUAUCAUCCACUAGAGUGCUUGUUAAGAUCGCUCCUCUUUUUACCUGUUCAUGCUCUUUUACAUCUCAUGCAUUGGCAACAGUCUCUUUCCUUAUCAUGCAAGCAACUUUCACCAGGAAAAUGUUGUUUUUUUUGUUUCUUUUAUACAUCUUCAUCUCAAACAUUCUUUCACCAUCAAGAGCUCUCAGUUUUUUGUCAACAGAAUA